GUUCACGUUUUUUGUUGUCUUGGGGGCAGUACAGACUGUAGAACUGCUGAGGUAGUGGAGGUUCACACGUGGAGUGGAGUUGUGUUUAUUUAAAUAACUUGAACGUAGAGAUGGCUAAAAACGAAUGUGAUCAGAUUGGAGUGGAGCUUGGCUUUGUGGAAGAAUUUGAGUCCUUUAGCCUUCGAAGUAAACAAUUUCACAGUAAAGUGGGCGGAAGACCAGCGUGGCUGAGUCAGUUGGGCCUUCCUAGUCCUAGCGAGCUCAGCUGUCAGAAGUGCGGACAGCCUUCAGCUUUUCUUCUGCAGGUUUACGCUCCGAUUCCGGGACAGGCUCGAAGCUUUCAUCGAACAUGCUUCGUGUUCUGCUGUAAAAAUACCGCAUGCUAUUCACACAACGACAGUCGUUGUUUUAAAGUAUACAGAAGUCAGCUACCAAGAAAGAAUGACUUCUAUUCAUAUGACCCCCCAGUGGAAGAAGAGGCUGCUGACAUACACAGCACUGACAGUGAGAUCCUGCAGCUUGGAUCUGGAGUAAAGUUGUGCAGGGUUUGUGGCUGUUUAGGACCCAAGUCGUGUUCUAGGUGUCACAGUGCCAAUUACUGUAGCCGGGAGCACCAGACAAUUGACUGGAAAGCAGGACAUAAAAAAGAAUGCUCAAAAAAUGGUGAAGUGGGUGUAUCUUUGCUGGACCAUAAGUUUCUGUUCUUGGAGUAUGAAGUGGUGACCGAGCCAGAAGAACUGCAGUUAGAGGCAGAUGGUGAUGGCCAAAUUGAGGAAGAGCAGCUAAAAGAAAUGCAGACCUAUUUGGAGUCUAAGCCUCCAGCUGGUGAUGUUUUGGAUUCAGUGGAUGAGAGGGAUCUGGAAGCCAUGGCAGAGCAUGAAUCGAAAGAAAGCAAGGUGUUUGAGAAAUUUAAAAGGCGAACAGCAAUUGAACCUGAGCAGGUUUUGCGUUAUUGCAGAAUGGGACAUCCACUCUGGGUUUCUGAUGAAAAUGUUCCUAAAGAAACAGAUAUCCCCAAUUGUUUGUGUGGCGCCAAGCGGCUUUUUGAAUUCCAGAUUAUGCCUCAGUUGCUGAAUUACCUGAAGGUUGACAGUCCUGAAGCCAGUAUUGACUGGGGGACCCUAGCAGUCUAUACCUGUGCUGACAGCUGUGACCAAGGCAAUAAAUACACAGCUGAAUUCAUAGUGAAACAGGACUACUGUGCAGACCACAUAUAACAUCCACAAAUAUGCACGUUUGGGUUUUUGGUU